AUGUAUGCUCCAAAACUAUUUGUUGACGAUCUCUUUAUGUUAUGGAAUAACGAUGGAGAAUCAAACUUACUUAGUCCAAUGAGCAAUAAUAGAAAGGACCAUCAAAAUGAAUAUGUGGAAGACCAAAAGCGACAUACCAAGCAACUAUAUGCGCCACCAUUGAUAGCUUACCUGGCGGAUCGAUCAGGGGCAAGCAUAUCACAAUUAGACUAUACCAUUCAAACAGGUGUCAAGUCGAAUGUGUCAUUGCUUACUCCUUUGAUAAAGGAGAAACUGGACCAAUUGCAUAUGACUAGAAAUUUUGGCUAUUCAACUAUCAGGCCAGUAGGUAUCGGAAAGACGAUGGAGCAAUUACAGAUUGAACAAAAUAAACGAAUAAAUAGCAAAAAGCAGUCGGAAGAACUCUCAUUUGCUGCAACAGUGGAGAACACAAGUGGGAUAGCGCCAGAUAGCUCCUUAAAUGAAGAGACGAACAAUAUUAGUCGUAUAGAGACAAUAAUUAUGCCAAAUCGGAGUAACGAUGUGGAUCUAGAUGCCCAAAUCCCUGACGCAGAUGGCAUAGAUAGCGAAGUGCGAGAUGACGAUGACUUUGAUUUAGAUCUGGAGGAAGGGUCAAUAGGAAUUGAUUUUGAAAAUGGGAUAGAUGAAGAUGAAGGGUUUAUGGCAGAAGAAGUCGAGUAUCAAGACGAUCACAGCUUGAAUACGGAAAUGAAUUAUAGUGCAAACGUGCUAAUUAAUUCAGGGUCAACUGGUGUAACAAUUCCUGUAACAAGUAAUUCCCUUGGCGCAAGAAGUACGGUAACAAAUGCUACUUCUGCAAAUACUCGAGGAAGUACAGAGUUUCCUAAUGGUGGUAAUCAUUAUUCAGUAUCUCAGGUACAAUUCUCGUCUGAUGAUUUGGGAGAUGAUGAAAAUGCAAAUCUUGACAUGAUAAUUGAUACUAAUUAA